AUGACAACAACAACCACCGCUGCAGCAGCGUCUCAAAAAGAUGCCGUCAUCGGCCAUCAUCCAGCUGUGCAGACCUUGUACCAGUCGCUGGAGUCGAGAAUCGGCUAUCGUCUGGUCCUGGGUGGCACUCGGCACUUUGGGUACUGGGAGAGGGAUACGUGGCGGAUGCUGCCAGUCGGUGGACCGCUCCGGCGCAUGGAGGAGAAGCUAUUCGAAAGCUUGGAUCUACCCCCGGGAUCGCGCGUCCUAGAUGCGGGAUGUGGCGUCGGUCACGUCUCUCUGUACCUAGCGGGCCGCGGCCUGCAGAUGACGGGUAUCGAUAUUACAGAUCACCACCUAGAAAAGGCUCGACGAAACAUUGCCAAGUCUGCGCCUCUCUCCAGCCGAGUGUCUAUCCAAAAGAUGGACUAUCAUGAUCUGCAAACGUUUGAACCCGGUUCAUUUGACGGUGCCUUUACCAUGGAGACACUGGUCCACGCCGACGACGCCGCCAAGGUUGCGGCCGAGUUGUACCGUGUCCUGCGUCCCGGCGGCCACAUCGUCCUAAACGAGUACGACUACAACUUUUCGUCCGAGGACGAGAUUGGGCCCGAAUUUGCCAAGGCGAUGAGGCAGAUGUCGGCGCAUGGCGCGAUGCCGACCUGGGACGUUGCCAGGAAGGGGUACUUUGAGAGGCUGCUCGCUGAUGCCGGCUUCGUGGACGUGCAGGUUCACGACUACUCGGAGAACGUGCGACCAAUGCUCCGCCUGUUUUGGCUGCUCGCCCUUGUCCCCAACUUCUUCAUUCAGCUGCUGGGUCUGCAGAAAUACUUUAUCAACACCGUGGGCGGAGCGUACGCGUACAAUGCGCGCGAGUACUGGCGCUACGUGUCGGUGAGUGCGAGGAAACCCGGUGGUGGUGGAGAGCCGUGA